CUGUGUGGGGCAGGUGUGAACUUUCACCAGCACAGUGGAGAGGAACUCUUUAGAAGAGAUGUGGGUAAGACCUUUAUGAAGAGCCACACAGUCCGUGCAUACAAGAAGUCUUUCACAUGCCAGGAGCCUGCGAAGGAUUUCCCUUGUACCUCUGGCCUUCUCCAGCACCAGGUCACUCCACAAAAGGACACCAAGUGUGUAGAGGCCUCUCACAAUGGACAAAGGCAGUAUAAAUGCCAUGAAUGUGGGAAAGCCUUCUGCCGCAAGUACAGGCUUGCUCAGCACCAGAGAGUCCACACUGGAGAGAGACCUUAUGAACGUGAUGAAUGUGGGAAAGCCUUUGGCUGUAAAUACAUACUUGUUCAGCACCAGAGUGUCCACACUAGAGAAAAGCCUUAUGGGUGCAGCGAAUGUGGGAAAGCUUUUAGUGAGAAACACACACUUGUUCGGCACCAGCGAAUUCACACUGGAGAAAGGCCUUACAAAUGCAGUGAAUGUGGGAAAGCCUUCUGCCGCAAAUACAGACUUGCUCAGCACCAGAGAGUCCACACUGGAGAGAGGCCUUAUGAGUGCUGCGAAUGUGGGAAAACUUUCACCCGUAAACCCAUACUAUUUAAGCACCAGAGAAUCCACACUGGAGAAAGGCCUUAUAAGUGCAGUGAAUGUGGUAAAGUCUUUAGAUGCAAAUCCACCCUCAUUACUCAUAGAAGAAUUCACACGGGGGAAAGGCCUUAUGAGUGUAGGGAAUGUGGGAAGUUCUUUAGCCGAAGCUCUCAACUUACUGUGCACCAGAGAAUUCACACUGGAGCCAAGCCUUAUGAGUGCAGUGAAUGUGGGAAAACCUUCACCACUAAAAGCAAACUUGUUCAGCACCAGAGAGUCCACACAGGAGAAAGGCCUUAUGAAUGUGGAGAAUGCAGGAGAGCCUUCAGCUGUAAACGCAUGCUUGUUCAGCACCAAAGAAUCCACACUGGAGAGAGGCCUUAUGAGUGCAGUGAAUGUGGGAAAGUCUUUAGAUGCAACUCCAGCCUCAUUACUCAUAGAAGAAUUCACACGGGGGAAAGGCCUUAUGAGUGUAGGGAAUGUGGGAAGUUCUUUAGCCGAAGCUCUCAACUUACUGUGCACCAGAGAAUUCACACUGGAGCCAAGCCUUAUGAGUGCAGUGAAUGUGGGAAAGUCUUUAGAUGCAACUCCAGCCUCAUUACUCAUAGAAGAAUUCACACUGGGGAAAGGCCUUAUGAGUGUAGUGAAUGUGGAAAGUUCUUUAGGCAAAGCUCCCACCUUAAAGCCCACCAGAGAAUUCACACUCUAGCAAACACUUACGAGUGCAGUGAAUGUGGGAAACGUUUUAGCCAAAGCUCUACUCUUAUUAAGCACCAGCGUUCACUGGAGAAAAACCACGAGUGCACUAAAUGUGGCGAUUUCUUCAGCCAAAACUCCCAGCUUACUCAACACCGACACGUUCAUGCUAUAGAAAGGCAUCGCCAGUACAGGAAAUGUGGAAAAUUUUUCUGUCAAAGUCUGCUCUGACUGAGCACCAGAAACUUAACAGCCCAGAUGGACCCUAUGAACGCAGUGAAUGUAAGAAAGCUUUCAGCUGAAGGUCUAACCUCAUUCGUCACCAGAAAGUUCCUGCUGGAGAAAGGCCUUCCAAUGAGAUGAGGAGAGCUCCUUAGUUAAUACAUCAUACUGAAUAGGCUCUGUGAGGGAGUCAUCAACUGGACGUUGAAUGCCGUACAUCUGAACAGCCCUAGUGUGCAGAUUGCCUAUGAGUACCAGGUUCGUAGGGCGCUUUUAAGGAGCUGUGC